UUAAAAUAAUUUAUGCAAAACCACUAAAUGUAUGAUAAAUUUAAUAAUGACAACGUUGGAAUAACUUUUGAUAAAAAUUGCAAGUACUUGAAGCAUUCGGGCCAUUGUAAGAAGAUCCUGCAAUCGAUUGUCAGCCAACUGAUUGACAGUAGCUAUUUCCUGAGCAAAACGGGUGAGUUGCAAACAAUAAUUUUUUUCGCGCUCACAAAAGUCAUCCCACGUUCGUUCCUUCAAAGUUAGCUCCUCUUUCAGCUUACGCAAUUUUUGUUCCAUUGAUGUUAACUCGGUUCUGCCAUUUAACAU